AUUCAACUCACAACCCACUUCUUCAUGUCAUUUCUUGUGAACAAAUUUCAAUUUUGAAAUAAUAAUUUUUCUUUUUUUUUAUGUUUUCGAAGAUUAGUCAAUCACAGAGAAAUAAAGGAAAUACAACCACAAUAAAGAAAAGAACUUGGUAACAUGCUCAGGGUUAAAUAUAAAGGCAACGAGACAGUAGCUCACACAACAGCGCAACCACCUUCAGCGUUGUGAGCACUCAGUGCACUCGGUCGCACAUUUUUCGAAUAUACAAAAAUUUAGUAUAAUAUAAAAUUAAUUAAUAUACAGUUAGAAAGUGGUGCAUGUGUUGUAACAAUAAAAUUACUAUAUAUAUAUAUGACAAAAAAAAAUUGCACUUUCUUUGUGACAAGCAGUAAAUAUACUCGUAUUAAAAGAGGCGAAAUUAUAUAAUAUAAAGAAAGAAAGAAAAUUGCAAGCGCAAAAAUAUUUUCGAAUUGUCAGCGCCAGCAAUAGCUAAAAUUUGAGCGGUACAUUUUAGUAGCGAACGAAAUUUCAAGAAAUCUUUUUGUGUCCCGCAGCAACAAAUCAACAAAAAUUAGCAACAACGUCGCAAGCACAUUACAGCAGCAGUGCAACAAUAAGCCUCUAAAACUUGGCACUAGAAAACAAACAAACGGUUGCAAGAAUUAAUUGCAAUUAUUAAAAAUUGAUUAGCAUAAAUACGUACUCUGUGUACCAUAUACCGUCCGUCCAUCCAAUGGCAUCGACAAAGCGAUCAACACAUGAACACGCUGGCGAUUACGACGGCGAACCCGGCUGCCAUACACUGCACGAGGUUAACGCCAUGUUCCGGCACUACUGGGACCCUACAAAAUAUUGGACAUGUGAGGCACAAGGACGUCCGGCGAAAUUGAAACGUUGUCCACAAUCUCAUCUCUACAUGGAUUCGCAAAGCCAAUGUGUUAUGUAUACCGAAUGGCAAUGGACGGAUCCAGCCGAUCCACCAAGCCGUCCGCAAAGCGCAAAAAGCACGUGAAGUUGAAUGAUAUGAAGGUGGUUUCAAAGCAAAAACAACAAACUAAUUAAAUAAACGUGAUUAGAGCAAGCACAUGAAUGCAGCCCAAAUUCGUGUACAUAUAUACAUUCAUAUACAUACAUACAUCUUUUUAGAUAAGUAUGCCACAAAGUUUGUCGAUGUGAUUUAACAGUUUAGCGGCAACUGAAUAUGUAUUCGUAAGGAAGAUAAUUUUAAUAUCAGUUACAAACAUACAUACGUAUUUACUUUUAGACGAUGACUGAAAAUUUUGUUUAAGUAAUACAACUGUGGCUAUUAUUAAUUAAAAAAUAAAAACUUCCAAGUACUUAGGUAGUUUAUCGAAAAAUGCUUUAUGCUUUAUGCUUUAUUUAACUUUAAAGAAAUAUACAAUAUUAUAAUUGUAAAAAAUGAAAAGAAAAAGUUUAAGACAAACACUUACUAAAUAA